CAGGCUCAGAGCCUUGGGACCCCUGCCCGCGGUAUCUCAAUUCCAUGCGGCUUCCCUGGGGCGCACCCCCAACUGCCCUAGGGCCUAGAGACACAGCCCACAGCCAGAAGGGGGAUCGACUACCUGACUGACUGACUGACUGACUGGCAUUGUUUGCUAGCAGGGGGGCACUUGGGGUCAGCUGGUACAACUUCCGCGCCUUCGUCUGCCUUCCUCGUCGUCUCUUGUUGAUCUCAUCUCCCGUCACACUCCAUAUUCCUUCAACCUUUUUUUUUUCCUUCUUUUUCUUUCUUCCCCUCCUCCUUCUUCUUCUUCUAGCUCCUCUUCCUUCGGCCCUUGAGCGUUAUCCUAUUUUAGACUUGUCCUCCUUCCUCAUAUCCUCCAGUCCCGCUCCAUCCCCGGUGCAACGCAUCCUGCCCUGUCGUCAUCCAGGUCCCACCCGCGCUGAUCGCCAACGCCUUCACAUGGCCAUGACGCCCUCCUAAGAAAUUCACCUCCCCGAGCAUGCCAAGCUGCCACCGGCCCUUCCGUUCAUUCCUUUCCCAGCCGACAGAUAUAAGCAACCAGCAAUAGCAUUACCAACGACUGGCCUGCAAUUGCUCCACCAGUUUCACGGCCAUCAUACAGACAGACGCUGGGGACACAAUCUCGCCCCGUCGCGAGGGAGCACGUCCGUCCGUCGAGUCCAACAAGGUGCAUACUGCAUAGCAAAAAAGACGCCGCCAUGUCGUCGGCCCUCGAGGCCAAGAUAGUGGUGCUGGGCUCCCAGGGGGUCGGCAAGACAUCUCUGGUCAUGCGGUACUGCAAGGGCGAAUUCCAGCCCUCCCAGCUGACCUCCACCGUCGGCGCAAGCUUCAUGACCAAGCGCGUCGUCGACAGCGAUACCGACACCGUCGUGCGACUGCAGAUCUGGGACACAGCCGGCCAGGAAAGGUUCCGGUCCAUAUCGCGCCUCUACUACCGGGGGGCCAACGCCUGCAUCCUGUGCUACUCCAUCACCGACGCCCAGAGCUUUGCUGAUAUGGGCGCCUGGCUGACCGAGCUCCGCCGCAACCUGCCCCACGACAUUGUCCUCCACGUCGUCGGCACAAAGUCCGACGUCGUCGCCCGCGAGCCCUCCAAGCGCGAGGUCCCAUUCGAACGUUGCAUUGCCUAUGUCGCCGAAAACCUCGCCCCCGGCCUGAGCUCUACACCCCCGCCCACCGCCACCCCCGGCGGACACCUCGGCGCGCCCGGCGCGGGGAGCCUGAGCGGCAGCGGCGGCUUCUUCUCGAGCAGCGACUGCACGUCCGCCGAGCCGCGCAGCCCGACCUCGAAGCGGUCCUCCGGGUUCUGGGGCCAGGAGGUGGGCUGGGACGCCUGCCACGAGAUCAGCGCCGAGUCGGGCGAGGGCGUCGAGGAGGUCUUCAGGGUCGUCACCCGGAAGCUCGUCGAGCAGAACCGCAAGAUGUCCGCCGCCCUGCUCGCCGCCACCGCGACCCCCGGCCUGACCCCCGGCCUGGACGGCGGCGCCAGCAGCCACGACGGCGCUGGCGGGCCGGGCGGAUACUUCGACGGCGCGAACGCCAGAGGCAGCUUCAGGGUGGGCAGGGACAGGCGGUCGUGGCUGUUCUCGCCCAACUUCUCGCCUGCUGUGACCAUCGAGCGGGGCGCCAGCUCACAGCAGCAGCAGCAGCAUCAGCAGUACCAGGACGGCGAGUACAGCCAGCCAGAUUUCGAGCAGCGCAGGUCAAAGAGGUGUUGCUGAAGACAUGAACCACCGCCGCAGCGACUUCUUCUGGCUCGGGGUCUUGACACAGGCUGGGGCCUGUUGGGACCAUCAUGGAGAGAAUCUGGCACAUCAGCCGCACCCACAGAGCGACCAAAUAUCGAUCGUCGGGUGCCAGGAGAGAUCAUGAGGAGGAACGAGUAAACGGGGGACGAAACGUACACAAGCGACGAAGACGGGGAUCCGGAAUUGUCCCGCGCUACGAUACCCGGGUUGUUGACGAAUUUCAUUUGCCUUCCUUUUUAUUCCUUCUCUCAUUUGAGGGACGCACACGUUCGCUGUCAUCUGCAGCUUUUGAAGCCCGUCGGCCUGGAGCAACGGUCAGGUCGGGCCCGGGAAAGGCUGGAUGGAUUGGACAAAUGGCAUCGAUCGCAUGACAGGCACGUUUUCGACCCGCGCAUUCUGGAAUUUUCUGCAUGCAUCAGGUUUCUUGCAUCUUUCCUGCAUAAGGGGUUUUUGUUUUCAAGGGUGAAGGGAAUAACAUAUCAUCCGGCCAGCGGCGUUUAGGAUAUGUUUAUACACGGUGGCGCCCACGCAUUCCCACACACAAGGCAUUCGGUCAGUCAGUCAGUGUUAGAUUAUCACGGCUGUAAGCAAAGGGACGGACCUAUAAUAUCAAGACCCACGAGGGCAACAUGGCCUUGCAUUGUGAA